UGCGUGCGUGCGGCCCAGGCGCGCGGCCGCCGCUCCGUCUCCGCCGUCCCCGCUCCCCCCCAGUCCCCCCGGCCCCUUGGCUGAGAGCCGCACGUUCCCCUCUCGUCCCCACCGUUCUCGUCGUGUGCCCGGAAGACGCCCGCAGGCGCGCGGGGCUAACGGCCGCGGUCGCUCCAGGCCUCUGCAGACCUCACCAUGGGCGACAGCGACGACGAGUACGACCGGAGGCGCAGGGACAAGUUCCGACGGGAGCGCAGCGACUAUGACCGAUCCCGGGAAAGAGACGAAAGGCGGCGAGGCGACGACUGGAAUGACAGGGAGUGGGACCGAGGCCGAGAACGCCGCAGUCGGGGAGAAUAUCGAGACUACGACCGGAAUCGACGGGAGCGGUUCUCUCCCCCACGCCAUGAGCUCAGCCCGCCCCAGAAGCGCAUGCGGAGAGACUGGGAUGAGCACAGCUCUGACCCUUACCACAGUGGCUAUGAGAUGCCCUAUGCUGGGGGGGGAGGGGGCCCGACUUACGGCCCCCCCCAGCCCUGGGGCCACCCAGACGUCCACAUCAUGCAGCACCACGUCCUGCCUAUACAGGCCAGGCUGGGCAGCAUUGCUGAGAUUGACCUGGGUGUGCCGCCGCCCGUGAUGAAGAGCUUCAAGGAGUUUCUGCUCUCGUUGGAUGACUCCGUGGACGAGACAGAGGCAGUGAAGCGCUACAAUGACUACAAGCUGGACUUCCGCAGACAGCAGAUGCAGGACUUCUUCCUGGCUCACAAAGAUGAGGAGUGGUUUCGGUCUAAGUACCACCCUGAUGAGGUGGGGAAGCGUCGGCAGGAGGCCCGGGGGGGCCUGCAGAACCGGCUGAGGGUCUUCCUGUCCCUCAUGGACAGUGGCUGGUUUGAUAACCUCCUCCUGGACAUAGACAAAGCAGAUGCCAUCGUCAAGAUGCUGGAUGCAGCUGUGAUUAAGAUGGAAGGAGGCACAGAGAAUGAUCUGCGCAUCCUGGAGCAGGAGGAGGAGGAGGAGCAGGCUGGAAAACCAGGAGAGCCCAGUAAGAAGGAAGAAGGCCGGGUCGGCCCAGGCCUGGGGGAUGGAGAGCGCAAGGCCAAUGAGAAGGAUGAUAAGAAAGAAGAUGGCAAACAGGCUGAAAAUGGUAAUUCCAGCGAUGACAAAACCAAGAAGUCUGAAGGGGAUGGAGAUGAGGAGAAGAAAGAAGACUCCGAGAAGGAAGCCAAAAAGAGCAAGAAGCGGAACAGGAAACACAGUGGUGGUGACAGCUUUGAUGAAGGCAGUGUGUCUGAGUCGGAGUCGGAGUCCGAGAACGGCCAGGCAGAGGAGGAGAAAGAGGAGGCCGAAGAUGCGGUCAAGGAAAAGGAGAAGCCCAAGGAAGACGAAAAGGAGAAGGCCAAGGACGCGGUGGGGUUGGAGUGCAAGCCCCGGCCGCUGCACAAGACCUGUUCCCUCUUCAUGCGCAACAUCGCACCCAACAUUUCCCGGGCUGAGAUCACGUCUCUAUGUAAGAGAUACCCAGGUUUUAUGCGUGUGGCGCUGUCCGAGCCCCAGCCGGAGAGGAGGUUUUUCCGGCGUGGCUGGGUGACCUUUGACCGCAGUGUUAACAUUAAGGAGAUCUGCUGGAACCUGCAGAACAUCCGACUCCGGGAGUGUGAGCUGAGCCCCGGUGUUAACAGGGACCUGACCAGGCGUGUCCGCAACAUCAAUGGCAUCACACAGCACAAGCAGAUUGUGCGCAAUGACAUCAAGCUGGCCGCCAAGCUGAUCCACACGCUGGAUGACAGGACGCAGCUCUGGGCCUCGGAGCCUGGCACACCUCCACUGCCAACUCUGCCAACAAGUCUGCCCUCGCAAAAUCCAAUUUUGAAGAACAUUACUGAUUACCUGAUAGAGGAAGUCAGUGCUGAGGAGGAGGAACUGCUGGGGAGCAGCGGGGGGGCCCCCCCUGAAGAGCCUCCCAAGGAAGGGAACCCGGCAGAGAUAAAUGUGGAGCGUGAUGAGAAGUUGAUCAAGGUUUUGGACAAGCUCCUUCUCUAUUUACGCAUUGUGCAUUCCCUGGAUUACUACAACACCUGUGAGUACCCCAAUGAGGACGAGAUGCCCAACCGCUGUGGCAUCAUCCAUGUCCGGGGGCCCAUGCCUCCCAACCGCAUCAGCCAUGGAGAGGUGCUGGAGUGGCAGAAGACCUUUGAGGAGAAGCUGACUCCCCUGCUGAGCGUGAGGGAAUCCCUCUCAGAGGAAGAGGCCCAGAAGAUGGGGCGCAAAGAUCCUGAGCAGGAAGUGGAAAAGUUUGUCACCUCCAACACCCAAGAACUGGGCAAGGAUAAGUGGCUAUGUCCUCUCAGUGGCAAGAAAUUCAAGGGUCCAGAGUUUGUGCGUAAACACAUCUUCAACAAGCAUGCGGAGAAGAUUGAGGAAGUGAAAAAGGAGGUGGCGUUUUUUAACAACUUCCUCACGGAUGCCAAGCGCCCAGCUCUCCCUGAGAUCAAGCCAGCUCAGCCUCCAGGCCCUGCCCAGAUACUCCCCCCAGGCCUAACCCCGGGACUCCCCUACCCACACCAGACGCCCCAGGGUCUGAUGCCCUAUGGUCAACCUCGGCCUCCCAUCUUGGGCUAUGGAGGAGCUGUGCGCCCUGCAGUCCCCACAGGAGGGCCUCCGUAUCCCCAUGCUCCCUAUGGUGCUGGCCGCGGGAACUAUGAUGCCUUCCGAGGCCAGGGAGGUUAUCCCGGAAAACCUCGCAACAGGAUGGUUCGAGGAGAUCCCAGGGCCAUUGUGGAGUACCGGGACCUGGAUGCCCCCGAUGACGUGGAUUUCUUUUGACCCCUCUGCCCCUCACUAGUGUUGUCUGUACUUGUGACUGCCUUGUCCCUUCAGCUGAGAAAUUUUUGUACGUUAGCAUUACUGCCAAUAAAAGCACUUCAAGUAGUGA